AAAUGUUAAUCUUUUUUCCGUCACCAAUGGGUUCCUAUUGGCAGCAGUCCGUAACAACGCUUUAUCGAUUAUCAGAAGAACAAGAAACGAAGCGGUCUGCUUGGUUUAAUAAUAUGUAUUCCUUAUUAGUGUAAAAAUGAAGAAGCCAAAGUAUAAGAAUAUAGUAAAGCAACCAAAACGACUGUAUGAAGUUUCUGUGGAAGACCUCUGGGAUGAAAUAAGUCAUUUGAAAUCAUAUGUUUCUAAUCUAAAAGAUGAAAACCAAAAACAGAAAAUCCAGUUGCUUAAGAUGGAGGAAGCAGUGCGCACAAGAGAUCAACAAAUUGAACACCUAAUGAAUCCAAUAAAUAACUCACGAAUCAUGCAGAUCGUUUCAGAUAAAGCAGUCACUCUGAUAAUGGAGUUAACAAAACAGAACAAACACUUGGAGAAAAAAAUUGUUGAGAGAGAUAGUUUUAUACAGAAACUGCAGAAAAUAAAUGACACAGAUGUUCAAAAUGUACAGGUGUCAAGAGCACAGAAAUCAUUGCACCACAAGGAGGAAACAAGAUCAACAAGUGCAUUGAGCAACUUGAUAGCUACAUCACGUGAUUUACCUACACCAUCCGAUAUUUUUCUUGAUGUGGAUAGUAGCGGAAUCAGUUGUCCUGUUAGUUGUGUGAAAUUUUCCACAUGUUCACCAACUUCACAUGCCAGUGAUGCAUCUAUUAUGAAAGAAACUUCACUUUUCAGAAAUGAUGGUGAUUCUCGGCCAGGGAUUGCAGGAGAAGAUAUUCAGAAUAUAAGUGAAACAAUACCAGUAUUAGAAAUGACUGAAAAGAAGUCAGUACACAUCAGCACAGCAACAGGUGCAGAGAAUCCAGAUUGCUCAGAUUUUGAAAUUUUUGAUAAUUUUUGUUCUACAAAUGAUCCUGAAGAAACAUUAGAUGACAGUGAUGUAAAAAGAUUAAUUAAAUCUGUCAGAAAAUUAAAGAAGCAGAGGAAGAUUAUGUUACAACUAAUAGCAGACAAGAACAAUGAAAUUCAACUUUUGGUGUCUCAUAUAAAGACACUCGAAGAAAGGCAAGACAGAAUAUGUGAAUUAAAAAAGCAGAGAGCAUGUGAAAGAAGCAGAUACACUGGAGACUGUGGGUUUACAGAACUGUUACAGAAUGAUAAAACUGGAAAGCUACCUCCAGAUUCUAGAAAAGAAGCUCGGAAACGAAGAAAAAUUGCUCCCUCUGCUGUUAAAGUACCAACAGCAGUAGCACCUGUUUCUGAUUCUCAUAUUGGUACAGGAAAAAUUCAUAAACAACCAAAGGAAUUUCAUAAACAGAACAUUAAGAUUUGCAGGUGGCAUUUUCCUUCUCUGCAUUUAAUUCAAAAGGGGCAUAAAUUAUAGUGAAGAUCAACAGAACAACAAAACUUCAGGUGUGUCUCAUCAUUAUAAGUGAAAAUGGAAACUACAGAUUAAAUGAAAGUGCUUAAUGAAGAAGUUAUGGGAAUUAAGUAUUAAAAAAUCAACUCUGUGAAAUAACAUUGAUAUUAUGAGAACUGUUGAAAAUAAAUAAUAACUAUGUAAGAACAGUUGUUAUAAUGAUACCAAUAAUAAUAAUAAUAAUAGGUAAUAAAGCAACAUAAGAAUUACUUUCAUUUACAAAUUGUUAAUAAAUCAACAGGGAAAGAGGAAAGUGUUGAUCAUGGCCUGUCAGUAGGGACCAUCCUUGCAUUCUUCAUGAAUGAAUUUAGAAAACCAUGGAACACUCAAAAUCAUAUUAUCAUUGCCACUGCUAGGUACAGUUAUCCUGCAGUCUUCUCUUUGUAUCACAGUCUUUAGUGUUUUUUACAUCAAUGUACUCAUAUAUAUUUUUUAUUUUCAUCUUCCAUUAUGUCGCUGUCCCAGUCUUUUCCUUAUCACUUGGAAUCUAACAAUACAUUUUUUGUGGCCCACCUACAACUUAUUCACCUUGCUAGAUAUGCUGCCAUCUCCAUUCCAUUUUCAUGACAGUCACAAUUAUUUCAUUCAC